UUCAGUCAGACUCAUUCACCAAACAAGCUGCAUGCAAGGAAGAACAGCAAGCAGCCACAACCGCAAGAUCUAUUCUACAAGUUUCUCCAAAGAACACCAAUGCUGUCAGAUUACGGAACCAAACCAUACGCUUUUCAUCAGCCAAAAUGCUUCUCGCUACAGAGCAUCAUCAGUCAACAGAUAAUCCCCCAGAGUACGACAACUUUGCCGUGUUUACGAAGCAUCGCUUGGGGCACUCCACACACUGGCGGUGAUGCAAUCCUGCGACUCCUGCGUGCAAUCACAAGGCCCCGGAGUUGCACGGUCAGCCAGGAAGAGGCGUCGGCCACACUGCUUCUCACUCAUGCAGCCAAUAGAGAAACAGCCCCCAACUCAUUGUCGGUGACUGAUGCAGGAAAGGCGAUAAAAGGCACAGUUUUACGACAUAUUCAGGAAAAAGGGGAGGACUGGAGAUACCAAAACUGGAGAGUGAGCAUGGAAUAUUUCAUGGUACCCGCUCAGAAGGUGCCCUCUUUGCAACACUUCCGGAAGACGGAGAAAGAAGUGAUCGGGGGUCUUUGCAGUCUGGCCAACAUUCCUCUAACCCCAGAAACAGCCCGCGACCAAGAGAGGCGGAUUCGCAGAGAGAUCGCCAACAGCAACGAGCGUCGGCGCAUGCAGAGCAUCAACGCCGGUUUCCAGUCGCUUAAAACGCUCAUCCCGCACAGUGAUGGGGAGAAGCUCAGCAAGGCCGCCAUCUUGCAACAAACAGCGGACUACAUUUUCGCAUUGGAGCAGGAGAAGACACGGUUACUGCAGCAGAACAAUCAACUCAAGCGAAUCAUACAAGAGCUAAGUGGCUCCUCCCCAAAACGGAGGCGCGUGGAAGAGAAGGACGAAGGCAUCGGCUCGCCUGACAUCCUGGAGGAGGAGAAAACGGACGACCUGAGGAGGGAGAUGGUCGAGCUGAGGCAGCAGUUGGCGAAAGAGCGCUCCACUAGGAUGAUGCUGGAAGACCAGAUGAACUCCAUCGACGCUCACUUGUCCCCGGAAAAACUGAAGGCUCUAGCCCAGGAGGUCCAGGAACAGCAACAUAAGCAGCUGGAAAGGGACCUCACACCUGUUCAUAGCCCACAGGUGUUUGCCCCGGCGACCCCUCCUGCCCCCACACACCACCCCACUGUCAUCGUCCCCGCGCCUGUCCAACCUCAGCAGCCCCAUCACGUCACCGUGGUAACCAUGGGCCCGGCGUCUGUCAUCAACACGGUCUCCACAUCCCGACAGAACCUGGACACCAUUGUUCAAGCGAUCCAGCACAUCGAGGGCACCCAUGGGAAAAGUUGCGAGGAGGAGCAGCGGCGGGCGGUCAUCGUGUCCUCGGGACGCGUCCUCUCUGACAACGAUGAGCUUGACGACUCCUCGCUGCCAUGAGUCCGCACACCCGCCUACAUGCAUAAGACAAGAGACUUUUUAAAAUAGGGCUGGUAGACACGUUGAAGCACUCGUACGUACAGUACAUUCGUACGAACAAGUACAGUAUAGUACCGUGAUAGGCAGCCACCACUUAAUCCAUGCCGCUUAUCUACAUACACAUAUUUAACUUGUAGAUGGGUUACUAGAGCAGCUAAAAGACUGAUCGUAUAAAUACUCUCAUACUAGAUGUUACUCGUCAAGCUGUACAUCUUGUUGCCCACUAGAGGGCGUGCUCGAGCAAAAUGAAGCCCCGAGAGUGACCACACUUUUUUUUUUAAACACUGUGAGCCAUCUUUUACGCUUCUCUCUUGUACAGGAGAGAACGCACUUAACCAGUUUUGUCUUCUGUUUGUGUGUCGCCAUUAUUGCUGGGCUGGGUUCCCAGUGCACUCCUCCAUCCCCGAUAUAAAGGCUUGUUAAUUAAGCUUAUCAGUGGGCACUCUGGAGUGUUGCUAUGUGCUUGUGUCGCCCCCC